AUGCAUUUCGCAACCCUUCCACUCCUUUUCGCAGCUACCACGCUCGCAAGCCCACUUCACAAGCAAGCAUACCUCGUCAAGCGAGCCUGUACCACUGGCCCAGACACCGCGACCGACUUCCUCGCCUACCCAGCCUACGUAAAUACAGCUUCAAACGCAACCACUCCCCCCGGCUACGCAAACACAUACACCAACCUCCACGCCAGCAGCAAUGCAGAUGGCUAUGCUGGCUACACCACCCUCCCCACCUACAACACCACCGCAUGCGCCGAAAAAUGCACGGCCAGCAAAAACUGCCACGCCUUCAACAACUUCUACGAACGCACUGCUGUGUCAUCCUCCUUUAACUCCUCCUGCACCAGCACCGCAACCAUCAAAUGUGUAUUCUGGAAUGGCGCUGUGACGACUGCUAAUGCAGUAAACACCGGCUCCACCCAAAAUAACUUUGAAAUCGUCAUCGCAGGAUCGAAUGGUUAUGUCGCUUCUGCGAUUUCUCCUGCUACAGGAUACUCUGCACCUGUAUAUUUCAGCAACAGUGGUAUUCAAGCACCCCUGGACUGCAAUGGCAAAGACACAUACUUGGGCUUUCAAACGUUUGAUGCAAACUUCGAUGCCAGUCGCUGCGCAGCCGCAUGUUCUGCUCAAGCUGCCUACGCAUUGACUCAUCUGCCCUCUGAUGGCAGCACACCCAAGACUUGCAAGUUCUUCAACACGUAUGUGGAGAGCAAGAAUGGUGUACCUCAAGAUCAAAAGUGUGUCUUGUAUAGCCAGACUUGGAGCAAGGGUGUAGCGACAAACACUGGAUACGCAUAUGGCAAAGACGUGUAUGCAGUGGGCAUGUCAUAUGGAUACUCCAAUGCCACGGAUGCGGGUGUUUGUGUCAAAGCUUGA